AGAAGAGCAGGAUGUGUUCAGAGCCCCGAGUCUUGGAGCAGAUGCAUACAUUGGGACCAAAAAUGGGAGGAAAGGAAAAAGAACCUGUAAAAGUUCAGCUUUUAACUGGACAUCAGGCAUGAAGCCAGUGAUUUUCCAUGCAAAGUGGCCAAACAUCCCAGAAACAAAAACAGAAAUAGGUACAGAGAUGUCAGCCCCUUUGAUCACAGUCGGAUUAAGCUAAACCAAGGUGACAAUGACUAUAUCAAUGCUAGUUUGAUAAAAAUGGAAGAGGCCCAAAGGAGCUACAUCCUUACCCAGGGACCUUUGCCAAAUACUUGUGGUCACUUCUGGGAGAUGGUUUGGGAACAGAAAAGCCGUGGUGUUGUCAUGUUGAACAGAGUGAUGGAAAAGGGAUCCAUAAAGUGUGCACAGUACUGGCCACGGAAGGAGAAGAAAGAAAUGGUUUUUGAAGAUACAAACUUGAAACUAACGUUGAUAUCUGAAGAUAUAAAAUCCUACUACACAGUACGACAGCUGGAAUUGGAAAACCUGACUACCCAGGAAACUCGGGAGAUUCUGCACUUUCACUACACCACCUGGCCCGACUUUGGUGUCCCGGAGUCGCCGGCGUCGUUCCUGAAUUUCCUGUUCAAGGUGCGGGAGUCGGGCUCGCUGAGCCCCGGCCACGGCCCGGUCGUGGUGCACUGCAGCGCUGGCAUCGGGAGGUCGGGCACCUUCUGCCUGGUGGACACCUGUCUGCUGCUGAUGGACAAACGGAAAGAUCCUUCCUCCGUGGAUGUCAAGCAGGUUCUCCUGGAAAUGAGGAAGUACAGGAUGGGGCUGAUCCAGACUGCAGACCAGCUCCGGUUCUCCUACUUAGCUGUUAUUGAAGGGGCAAAAUUCAUCAUGGGAGAUGCUUCAGUGCAAGAGCAGUGGAAAGAGCUCUCCAAUGAAGACCUGGAGCCACCCCCUGAGCACACCCCCCCACCUCCCAGGCCCCCGAAGAGAACCUCAGAGCUGCACAACGGGAGGAUGCACGAGCACCCCGAGUUCUCCCCGAAGCAGCAGGAGGCAGAGGAGCAGAGCAGCUGCUCAGUGGGCAGCGAGGAGCCGGCAGCUGCGGACGGCACAGCCCGCUCGGCCACAGCAGCGAGCACAGACAGCACUAGUCACGACACUGAACCCCGGAGGAGAACUGUUGGUGACAACCCGCGGCUCUCGCCCCGCAAGGAGGAGUCCGUGAAGGAAAACUCGGAGGAGGAGGAUGAGAACGUGGUGGCGACUUGGAAACCCUUCCUAGUGAAUAUCUGCAUGUUCACUUUCCUCACAGCAGGAGCUUAUCUCUGCUACAGGGUGUGUUUCCAUUGACCAGUGCCCCGGACUCAGCUCAGCUCCUCGGAGCCCCUCGAGGCAGGGCAGCCUUGGCUCAGAACAGGUAGAUUUAGGGGGAAAGGCCAGAACUUUGGGUAGGGCUUAAUGAGAGAAUUGAUGCACUAGGGUUUUAUCCAGCCCUGUGGUCCCAAGAACAUAAUAUUGUAAUCUCAGGGCCUUGAAAUAUUCAGGAGUAAGCAGAGAAAAUGCCAAAUAGUCUGUUUUCCUUUUUUGUUUUCUUUUUUUUUUUUUUUAAAACUAAAUAAUAGAAUUACAACACAUUGUUGUUUUUAGCCUUUUUUAAAAAGCCAGUUCAUUUUCUUUUGUUUCAGAAAAACUAGGCACAAGUGAAACUUGCUUGUACUCUCCAAGUGUUGUAACCAAAUACAUGACUUACAUUGACAAGUUCCCAAAAAAA